GAGGAAAGCCAAAGGCCAGGAAGGAUUUCACCAGCCCCAGGACAGCAUGGAGCAGCUCUUCUGCCAUGGCCGAAGACUUCUCCAAGCCAGUUUGUGGAGGAAUGUCGUCCAUGUGAGGGCCUCCUCAGGACUCAGCAUACUACGAUGGUCAGGGACCUGCCGAACGCCUUUGACCAGGGCCUUCCCCCUGCUCCCAUGGGCCCACUCUGGCUGCCUAGCUGGCUCUGCUCCCAGGCUUUUCAAGAACCACCUCCAGUGGUCAGACAUCGCAAGCCGCUGGACCUCGGGUGCCACACGUAACAUGCCUCCCAGCUCUGAGUUUGUAGCCCGGUCAGUGGGUGUCUGCACCAUGAUGAGACUGCCCUUGCAGAGCUCCCCUCAAGGACUGGAUGCUGCAUUUGUGGGAGUUCCUCUAGAUAUUGGCACCUCUAACCGACCUGGGACAAGGUUUGGACCUCGACGGAUCCGGGAGGAAUCUGUGUUGCUGAGGACAGUUAACCCAAGCACUGGUGCUCUCCCCUUCCAGUCCCUCUCUGUGGCUGACAUUGGUGACGUGGAUGUCAAUCUGUACAACCUGCCAGACAGCUGCCGGCUCAUUCGCGAAGCCUAUCAGAGGAUUGCAGAGGCCGGCUGUAUUCCUCUCACCUUGGGAGGAGAUCACACAAUCACUUACCCCAUACUGCAGGCAUUGGCAGAAAAGCAUGGUCCUGUUGGGCUGUUACACGUCGAUGCCCACACAGAUACAGCUGACAAAGCCUUGGGAGAGAAGCUCUACCACGGGACCCCCUUUCGCCGCUGUGUAGAAGAAGGACUCCUGGACUGUAAACGAGUGGUGCAGAUAGGCAUCCGGGGAUCUUCCAUGACCCUGAAUCCCUACAAAUACAAUCGAGACCAGGGCUUCCGUGUGGUCCUGGCUGAAGAUUGCUGGCUGAAGUCGCUAGUUCCGUUGAUGGGGGAAGUGAGGCAGCAGAUGGGAGACAAACCUAUUUAUAUCAGCUUUGAUAUCGAUGCCUUGGAUCCAGCUUAUGCCCCAGGGACGGGGACUCCUGAGAUUGCUGGCCUCACACCAAGUCAAGCCUUGGAGAUUAUCCGUGGAUGUCAAGGCCUGAACGUGGUGGGCUGCGACCUCGUGGAAGUCGCGCCUAUCUAUGAUCCUUCUGGAAACACAGCUCUCCUGGCAGCCAAUCUGCUGUUUGAGAUGCUGUGUGUUCUCCCCAAAGUGAAAACUGCCUGAGCUGUUCCUGGCUUCUCAAAGGGAAAGCUCCUUAUCAGAGUGGACUGGCCACAGGGCAGACAGGUCCUAGUAAGUGGCCUAGCUGAAGCGCCAAGAGGACAAGUUUUUGCCAAGCCAAAUCAUGAUUUUCUGCUAAAUGUGUCCUAGGUAUCUGACUUCUAGAAAUAGCAAAGUAAAAUGGUCAUUGAUAUAAUUCUUUCCAAGGACAUAGUUACAAUUAAACAAAAAUUAGACAAAAAGAUGGCUUUGCACCGGGAAGUUACUAAACCGAUUGGGAGUUUGCAAUUACAUCUUGGACGUAAGACCUGCAGAAAUGUCGGGCUUACAAAGAAAGGAAGAGCCGCCCAUGAAACCAGCCCAUGCAGGGGGUGCAUGUGACACCUGCGGUCAUGGUGAGGGGAGCCACUCUGUUGCAGCCACUGUGAUCUAGGCUGCCAUCGUUACGAUCCAGGAGCUGACCCAACAUCAUCACACAUUAAAAUAGUUUAUUUCAGUUUCCAGCCUGUAAGUCUUAAAAGGAAAAUAACAUCGACAUCAAUGCCCGUUCACAAUACAAAAAACAAACAUAAAAAAAGACAAUUUGCUAAAUAAGUUAUUUGUCGCUAAGAGUAUCAAAAGUGCAAAAUGUUCACCUUCCUUUCAGACCUCCCUCCCAGGGAUGACCACUCCCUUUCCAGACUUGCGUUGAGCUGACAGCCUGCUCGCCCCAGCACCAGGGGUGGGGGGCGGCGCUGCUGACUACAGCCCCGUCAGGCUGCUCUCCAACAUCAGGGUUUGGCUGUCAGCUACAUUUCCCUUCAUUGCAAAGAUACUUUGCUUCAUUUUCUAAGAAUUUUUACUAAAAAAGAAAAUAAAAAUAGGACCUCUGUGUGUGUUCCCCAUCCCUAAUUCCUACCCACACAAGCCUACUGCUUUUCAGCUGGGAGCCCCUGCACACACGUGUGGCAGUGGUAGAUGGGUCCAGACGGCAUCUGGGAGGGAAGCUUGAUGAGGCAGAGGCUGUGGUUGCUGGGGCUGGGGCGAGAGUCUGAGGGUGGUUAGUGACAGGGAGCUGGGCUCACAGUAUUAUUGCUCUGCUCAAGUUCACGGCUUUGAAGACUGGGAGGGCAAUGCAAACAGGCAUCUUUUUUCGGAAUGAAGCAAUGUUCUGCACAAA